AUGGGUGACGGGCAGGUGGUGGGGGAGGGGUGCCGCCCCUACACCCUCUUUGACAGUUUUGUGCAGGCAUCGACAUGCAGGGAGACCCUGCGGGCGUUUCAGGAGCUCUGCACUGAGCUCCACCUGCAGCCAGGAGACAAUCCACUGUUUUACAAGACCCUGAGGUCCAGACUGCACUACUGGAGAGCUAAAGCUCUGUGGGCCAAGCUGGACAAACGAGCCAGCCAGAAAGAGUACCAUAGGGGCCACGCUUGUUCGAACACUACAUGUCUGAUAAUAGGUGCAGGACCAUGUGGCCUUCGCACGGCUAUCGAGCUGAGUUUUCUGGGUGCGAGGGUGGUGCUGGUGGAAAAGAGGGACACGUUCUCCCGGAAUAAUGUCCUCCAUCUCUGGCCUUUCACCAUCCAGGAUCUCCGUGGCCUCGGAGCCAAGAAGUUCUAUGGAAAGUUCUGCGCAGGGGCCAUAGAUCAUAUUAGCAUUCGUCAGCUGCAGCUCAUACUGCUGAAAGUGGCUCUGCUCCUGGGUGUGGAGAUUCAUGUGAAUGUGGAGUUCAGGAGUCUGAGGGAGCCUCCGGAGAACCAAGAGAACCAAAGUAUUGGCUGGAGUGCUGAGGUUUGUCCCCCUGCACAUCCAGUGAGUGAGCUGCAGUUUGAUGUGGUUGUUGGAGCAGAUGGCAGGAGGAACACCUUACCAGGAUUUCGUCGGAAAGAGUUCCGGGGAAAGUUGGCCAUCGCCAUUACUGCAAAUUUCAUCAACCGUAACACCACAGCAGAGGCCAAGGUGGAGGAGAUCAGCGGCGUGGCCUUUAUUUUUAACCAGAGGUUCUUCCAGGAGCUGCGCAGUGCCACCGGUAUUGACCUGGAGAACAUCGUCUACUAUAAGGAUGACACUCAUUACUUUGUCAUGACGGCUAAGAAGCAGAGUCUGCUGGAGAAAGGAGUCAUACUACAUGUGGGUUCUCAUCCAAUGGAUUACGCAGACACAGAGGUUUUACUCUCCAGAGACAACGUAGACCAGAACGCCCUGCUGGCGUACGCACGGGAGGCAGCGGACUUCUCCACCAAUCACCAGCUGCCGACGCUAGACUUCGCCAUGAACCACUACGGGCAGCCGGAUGUGGCUAUGUUCGACUUCACGUGCAUGUACGCAACAGAAAACGCAGCCCUCAUACGGCAGCGCAGGGGACAUCGGCUGCUGGUGGCGCUGGUGGGAGACAGUCUUCUAGAGCCGUUCUGGCCGAUGGGGACAGGUAUUGCGCGAGGUUUCCUGGCUGCUAUGGAUACAGCGUGGAUGGUUCAGAAUUGGGGACUGAGACUUGACCCUUUAGAGGUGCUGGCUGAGAGAGAGAGUGUGUAUCGGCUGCUUCCUCAGACCACGCCGGAGAACGUCAGUAAGAACUACAGUCAGUACAGCCUGGACCCUGGAACACGCUACCCAAACCUCAACACACAGGCUAUUAAUGCAUCUCAGGUCUGCCACCUCAUAGACACAGAUGAAGGGCCACUUUUGGGAGUCGUCAUGGGACCUUCUCCAACAUCGAGACUUGUACAUCAAGACUCCACAGCUCGCUCAAGUAAGCUGCUGAGUUGGUGCCAGGAGCAGACGCAGGACUACCAGAGUGUGUGUGUGACGGACCUCACGACGUCCUGGAGGAGUGGACUGGCACUCUGCGCUCUCCUACACAGAUACAGGCCUGACCUUAUUGAUUUCAACACUCUGGAUGAGAACGAGGCUGAGCUGAACAACCAGCUGGCCCUGGACGUAGCUGAGCAGGAGUUGGGGAUCUCCCCCAUCAUGACAGGCCAGGAGAUGAGUGUGCUGGAGGAGAGCGACUCGCUCUGCAUGGUCAUGUAUCUCAGCCAGCUUCAGGAUCUCCUCAAAGACACAGCGCCACCCAGUGAGAGUCUGAGUGCUGAGGAGAGAGCAGCUGUGAUGUCUAGCACCAAGUCUCCACUGUCUUUACUCAACAGGCUUGGACAGAAUCUGUCCCGCAAACGGAACCCCAAGGAUCAGAAAGAGAAGGCUGCUGAUGGAGUUGGAAAGAGAAGAAGGACAAGUCAAGCUGGACAGUCGGAAGACGAAGAGGUUUCACCAGAUCGGCAUGAGCACCACGUCCCAGCACUGAGCCCUGGAUCACAAACAUGCACGGAGGCUGUUGCCUGUGGCAACCAAAGCCGAGUCAAAUCAAUGGCGUCCCGGCUGUUGGCCAAGUUUGAAGAAAACUGCUCCCCACGUUCAGCCACUGCGAUACGGAGACAGACGUACAUUAAGAUGUACACAGGGGGAGUGAGCUCAUUGGCUGAGCAGAUAGCCAGUCAGCUGCAGAGUCAGCAACAUGAACCCAAACCCCUUCUUGACAAAAAGGAGCUGGGUUCUCAGCGGAGAGAGUUCCCAGUGAACAUCGGCGGCAGCGAUGUGUGUUAUUUCUGCUCCCGGCGCGUCUAUGUGAUGGAGAGACUGAGUGCUGAGGGCAAGUUCUUCCACAGGAGCUGCUUCCAGUGUGCCCACUGCAACUCGACGCUACACCUCUCCAACUACGCCUAUGAUGAGCUCCAAGGAAAGUUUUACUGCAAGCAGCACUACGGAUACAGGCUGGCGGGAAUGGCUCAGAGGAAGAGACCUGCUCCGAUCACAGCUCCUCCUCACUCUACACAGGCACCUCCUGCUCCUCCUCCCACUCCUCUGUCGCCCUCCUCCUCUGGAUCAGUAGAAGUGGUCCCUCCCCCUGACAGUGUCUCCUCCAGCACUCCUCCAGAAACUCGCAGUGGACUGGCUAAGCGGUUGUGUGGAACUCCGGAGCGCAUCGCACUGGAAAACUACAGGCCGUGCUUGCAGGAGGAGGACAGGACUCUGCUGGAGGUUCCCGAGGAGACGUUAGCUCAGCACAACCUCAGCCUGAGCCUGCAGGAGAAAGGGAGUGAGGAACAGUCCAGUAGUUCAGAGUCAGAGCUGGAGGAAGAAGGGGAGGAGCCUUGGAGGAGGGGGGUGGAGCCACAGGACAGAACAGAUGGAGAGGUUUUAGAUAGUGGGACGGAGCAAAGAAAGGAAGAAGAAAAAAGAAAGGAUGAGAAGGACGGAGAAGAACAAGAAUACGUUUCUGAAGGAGAAGAGGAUGAAGGGGAGUCGAGUGAUGAGGGCGAGUACUGCCCUUGGGAAAAGGAGUUGCAUUUAGGCGUGUGGCUAAAGGAAGAGGAGGCAGGUGGGAUUAAAGAGUCUGGUGAGGAACAUUCUGAUAACCUGGAGGUAAAAUCUCAUUCAGACACAAAGACUGAAUCAAGUGUCUCUGGGCCACUGGAGCCCCUUCCCUCACUAGCUUCAAAAGCCCUACACACACCCACUGUAGAUCCUACACACAUCUAUCCACCCACAUCCAACCCUCCUGUGACACCAGAGGACCCGGCAGCCAAGAGAUCUGGGGUCAUUGAGGAAUUCUGGGUGAAGAGUGCAGAAUUCAGGAAGAGUUUGGGACAAACAGUGGUGCCUGAGACCUUUGAUCUCAACACCCAAUCCUUGAGUACUGGAGAUACACUUUCCACUUCUACACACACAACAUCUGAUUCCAACUUGCCUUCACACACUCCCUAUAAGAGUGACUUGAUCAACCAAACCUCAGGUACACUAACUCAGAGUGCUGACACUCACAGCACACAGACGCCUUCUAUGUCUGACCUACAAAGUGCAUACACACAUUCUCAAGGUGGUACAUCAUCAUGUGGCAGCUCAAACCCUCCAGAAGUAAGGAUUGAGAAUGUAUCCAUGAAGGAUGGGAAUGAACCAGAGGAGGUAGUAAACCAUUCUUUAAUGGUCCAUAGACUUGGCAUCACUUUGACUGGUCCGGUAGCAGAAGAAGGAAGGGGCUUGGCCACUAUCUCCUCCUCCAACACUAGUGGAAUCCAAAGAGUUUCAGCCCCAGAUUUGAGAUUUUUGCCUCUUUCUAGAAGUCCUCCAGUCGCAAGGCAGAAGCUUGACUUGAAUCACUCAGAUCCAACUCUAAACCGGGAAAUCUUAUUGAAUUCCCACACUGUCCCGCUUCGGACAGACCUUAUACAGCAUGACAGGCUGAAAUCUCACCUGAAUAGAGCUCAGAGUCUACCUCCUGCUGAGGUGGAGGUCUUAUGUGCAGGAGAUGCAGAUGAAUUGUAUCCUUGCCCUGCUACUCCCUGCCAUGCCAGUGUCACAGAGGUUCCCAUGGCCAGUCUCCCAACCAGAAUCUCUGGGAAGGACAAAAGUGCACUGGAGGGAAGGAGAGCACUAUCAGAGGUCCCCUUGCAAGUGGGUGGAGCUGAAGCCUGGCAACAGAGGUCAGAGAUCGAGCCAUUGGAGGAGGAGAAGGUGAAGAAGCGGAGCUCACUGUUCUCACCAAGGAAGAACCGAAAAAGUGGCAACCUGUCAGGGGAAACGCAGCAGGAACUGGGGAAACACAAAUCCCUGUGGAAGAGUGUCUUCUCUGGUUAUAAGAAAGAGAAGAAGAGGAAAGAGGGCGAAGGUUAUUCCAGGACUCUGCCGAGCACUACCAGCCUGGAAAGCAGGAAGAGAAUGCCUGGCUUUCGCAGAACCUCAGACCUGAGCUCAAUGAAGGACCUGAGCUUCUCUGAAGAAACGGAUCUGUGCUGCAGUGUUGUGCUAGACAGAUCUCCACUUAGAGCUCAGUCUGUUUAUGUGCCCCACGCAUUGGCAUUCAAGAGAGCUUACGCCAUUAAGAAAUGCGGCAAGAAGUCACAGAGGCCCGACAAGGUGGCGACCCCAAAAUCAUCAUGUUCCACUGAGGUGGUAGGGGUGUGGGUGAUGUUCCCUGAUCCCUCGAGUAUAAGCUUAUCUUCCACACUCUUUCAGAAAGCAGGAACUGAGGAUGAGCUUGAUGCCAAGCUGACCCGCAGAGUACAAAGAGCUGCACGCAGGCAGGCCAAGCAGGAGGAGCUGAAGAGGCUGCAUCGUGCGCAGAUCAUCCAGCGGCAGUUGGAGCAGGUGGAAAUGAAGCAGAGGCAGUUGGAGGAGAAGGGCAUUGCUGUAGAGAAGGCUCUCAGAGGAGAAGCGGACUACUGGGAGGACUCUAGUGCCUCAGACCUUCUGGAUAUACACCUGGGUGGAAUGGGGAAGAAGGAUGACCCAAGCCUAAUGCACCAGUGGUUUAAACUGGUGCAGGAGAAGAACGCACUGGUGCGCUAUGAAUCAGAGCUCAUGAUAUUUGCUCGAGAGCUGGAACUGGAGGACAGGCAGAGUCAUCUGCAGCAGGAGCUGAGGGAACGCAUGGCAGUAGACGACCAUCUGAAGGACGAGGAGGAGCUGGCAGAGGAGAGGCGAAUCCUGGGCGAGAUGCUGGACGUUGUAGAGCAGAGGGACGCUCUCGUGGCUCUCCUGGAGGAGCAGAGACUGAAGGAGAGAGAGGAGGACAGCGACCUGGAGGCAGCCAUGUUAUCUAAGGGCUUCAGCCUGCACUGGGCUUAAAACACACACACAAAUAAAACCUUCUCUGUGUUUUGUGUAGAAUAAAGAAUGAGGAGGUGGACACUGUACACUGGACGCAGGGAAUUAAGGAAAGGUUUUCCAUAGAGAACAUAAAACUACAUUUGGACCUAAACGCAAAAAUAUAUUUCUACUGGACUGUAUUUGCUUUGGCCUGCAAGUGUGAAGUAAUUUAAAAUAUUCUGUGUUAUCAGACGCUUGGGCAACUGUGCAAUGCAUAUAUAUUAUACUGUGUGUGUGUGUGUGUGUGUGUGUGUGUGUGUGUGUGUGUGUGUGUAAAAAUACAUUUCACCGGCCACUUUAUUAGUAACACCCAUACAUCUGGACUCACGACAGUCUCAUAGAGUUUACACAGAAUGGUGCGAAAAACAUUGAGUGAGUGAGCGACAGUUCUGUGGGUGAAAACAGACGCCUUGUUGAUAAGAGAGCUCAGAGGAAAACGGACAGAUUGGUUCAAGCUGCCAGGAAGGAAAGAUCCAACAACUCAUUUAAUCACUCUUUACAACUGUGGUGAGCAGAAAAGCAUCUUGGCAGAAAAGCAGGACUCCCUAAAGUGAAUGACGCAUGAAAUGGAAUGACGAAUGAC